AUGAUAGCCAUACUAUCCAGCAGCGGUGGAACAGGCAACCGCCUCACCAGAGUGACCAUCAUUCUCGCUGGAGUCGCUUCUCUGGUUGCAACGCUCCUCUCGCUCCUAUCAAUAUGGCUCCAAACGAAGAACUACAGAAAGCCUCUUCUCCAACGAUACGUCGUUCGAAUCCUGCUGAUGGUACCCAUCUACUCGGCCGCAUCGUGGGCGUCGAUCGUGUCGUUGAAGGCUGCGUUCUACCUCGAUCCCCUACGGGAUAUCUAUGAGGCGUUCACCAUCUACACGUUCCUGCAACUCCUCGUCAACUUUCUCGGCGGUGAGCGUGCUCUGAUCAUCAUGAUGCACGGGAGGCCGCCGGUGUCCCAUCCCUGGCCGAUCAGCCUGUACUUCUCGAAAGUCGACAUAUCCGACCCGCACACGUUCCUGGCGAUCAAGAGAGGCAUUCUGCAGUAUACCUGGCUCAAGCCAAUCCUCAGUGUGGCGACAAUCAUUCUGAAGCUCACCAACACAUACCAAGAGGGGUAUAUUGGCUUGACCUCGGGCUAUCUGUGGAUAGGCAUUGUGUACAACCUCAGCGUGUCAGUGAGCUUAUACUCGUUGGCCAUGUUCUGGGUCUGCAUGAACGAGGACCUGAAGCCGUUUCGGCCCAUGCCCAAGUUCCUCUGUAUCAAGCUUAUCAUCUUUGCUUCGUACUGGCAAGGGUUCUUCCUAUCUAUUCUUCAAUUCCUGGGCGCCAUCCCCAGCAACGUCCCGGGCUACACUGCGGACAACCUGGCCGCAGCCAUUCAGGAUGCGUUGAUCUGUUUCGAGAUGCCCAUGUUUGCCGUCGCGCAUUGGUACGCCUUCUCAUGGCACGACUACGCCGACGUCACGAUUUCGGCGGCACGAAUGCCCGUCAAGUAUGCCUUGCGAGAUGCUUUCGGUAUACGAGACCUGAUCGAAGACACGAAGGACGUCUUCCGGGGCAAGCAAUAUGACUACCGCACCUUUGAUUCGGGAGACAACGUCAUUGCGCACGAAGAGUCUCAGUCACGAAUCGCCAGGAUGAUGGAUGGCAUGCGGUACGAAAGAGGCGGGAAGGGCAAGUACUGGAUACCCAAGCCGCAAGCAGUGAACAGUCGAACGCCUUUACUGCCCAAAGACGGCUCAUCAAGACCUCCUGCGCCAGAAGCAAGGGGCCACGCUCACGAUUAUCGAGCAACCGACCCUGACUGGGAGAUUGGAAUCGAUCCGGAAGACGAGAGACUAUUCAACAAUGCCCGAGCGUUAGAGUUCGGCGAUUGGAACUACCCAGUGAUCACUGCGCACGAAGCUCGACGAGAAGACUGGAUGCAUCGAGACCCGAAUCUACUCACCACUUCCACCAACCGCAACCUCCUCCAGCCCACGCGCGACCACCGAACCCGUCGACGCAGCGAGAUCCGCAACAGCAUCCAGAAAGGCAAGAACCGGAGCACAUCUCCAUCCCAGCGGUCCGGCUCGCCGUCCACUGACCAACCCCCCGCACCGGGGGCCAUCGAGACAAAACUCAAGCGAGAGCAUUCGCCCGCCGGCUCAGGCAAAACCGAUGAAGACCAGCUGGUCGACCUGAUCGUCGAAGACACCGAAGCUGAAGAGACCGAGCGCGUCCGCGCCCGGAAAGAAGGCGGCGACUCCUGGAACCACGGCGAGCACCGACAGUUCGUCCGCACGUACAGUUUCGGCCCCGACGCGCCGGAAGGGCAGGAAAUUAAAGACGGCUGGGACCCCGCCGAUGUCCCCGCGACGCAGCCGCCCCCUGAACACGCCACCAGCGACGACGAAGAGAACGCCGUGGACGGUGCCUCGGAAUCAAAGCAGGAAUCAAAGCAGGGUCCGUCUUCGAACGGAAACGGAAACGGUGCGGAUGGGAGAUAUGGAAGUCUGAUCGAAGAAGACAAUGUCUGGGAUCGGGGCUGA